AUGAGAGCUGUGGUAUUUUUAUUUGUUUUGAACGCUCUGUCAACACUACCUUCAUUGAAUUCACAAAAGAUUGCAAAUAAAAGAAGAUAUUCUCUUUACACACCUGAAAAGUUAGAAAAUACAAAAGUUCGAUCACUACCAACGGCACCUGUUACACUAUAUAAAUACCCUUACAAUAGCAUCAAUAGUUAUGUCACUGCUCCGAAUAGCAACCAUAAUGUAAUCCCUCAAAAUAACUACGUAAAAAACAAGAAGCUCAUGAGAUUAAAAUUAUUUUACGAAAUCUUAGCAAAAAAACGUAAUAAAAAGUUUUUCAGAAAAAACAAAAACCCGACUCUUAAUUAUAAAUUGGCUGAUAGAAAUAUUCACAGAACGUCCAUUGUUCAAAAUCCUAGCCAUAUACAAAAUUAUAUCAUAAAUAAAGGACACAACACAAACCUUAUAGGUAGUAGAAGAACCAAGCUAGACGAUCCUACAACCAAGUAUCGAAAUAACGAAAAAACUUAUGAGCUAAACGAAGAUGGUAGAAAUUAUUACAAAAAACCUAUGUAUCUAAUGAGUGACCCAGAACGAAGUAAUUUUGAAUCUAAAUCACUAAUAAAUUUUAAAAACGAGUCUAGUGAACAUAACAAUAACUUAGAGCCUUUAGAUAUUCAUGAAUCUUCUGUAAGACGAAGUGAACCUAGUAACUUGAUCGACCAAUAUUACGUCAAUGAAGAUUCAACCGAUGCUCCAUUUGAAGUCUCUGAUACUGUUUUGAAUAACGAGGAAUACUAUCUUCUAGAUCUUGAUGCUUCAAAAAGAUCCUUUGCAUUUAAGCCUCCCUUUGGUUUGUUGCAUCCCAUCAAAGAUUUAACAAAUAAAAUUAAAACACCGUUGCCUAACCAUAUGAAAUUCAAACCCUAUUUGACACAUUAUAGUCUGAACAAUUUACUCGUGCCACAAAAUGAUAACAAUGAAUUGCAACUAAUCAAAACUUAUUUAACAGAGUUAAUGAGAGGUGAAAACUACAAUAAUCCUAAUAUCAUACAAAUUCUAUACGACGCCAAUGAGCUAGAUUUGUCAAACCUUGAUUUACUUGAUCAGUCCCAGUUGGUAAAAUUAAGCGAAACUGAUUUACAGUACUUGAAGAGAUAUUUUGUUCUUAUAUUAAAUAAAUAUGGCUUAACUCCAUAUAUUCUUAAGCUCUUAGAAUAUAUAAAUCUCAUCGAAGGUAAACCAAAGAAUGAAACUUAUUUAUUGUUCAAGAUUUUAACUAAUCAACAGGCGGUGAAUAAUUUAAGCCCCGUUGAACUAAGUCAAAUAAAGCAACACUUGCAGCACAUUUUAAAUGAAUAUGGUCAGAGUCCCUAUAUUUUACCAUUUGUACAAAACAUCAAAGGAAUUAAUAUUGACCCUAUCAGCAAUAAAAACAUACUUUUUCUAGAUGUUAACAAUCACGGUAAUUCAGAUUAUGUAACUCAAGAAGACAUGACACGGAUUUUUUUGUACUUGAUACAAUCUUACAGGAAUAAUCCUUUAGUUUUAAAAAUCAUUCAGAAUUUAAAUGAAACAUACGAGAACCCCAAUCACGAAAUGGCUAUACCCUUUCUAGAUAUAAGUUAUUAUCAAAGUUUAGCUUUUCUGAAUCAGAAUGAUUUAGAUCUAUUCGUUAAAUACAUAUUACAGAUUAUAAAACGACGGGGUGAAAAUUGGUACCUUAAUCGGUUACUAUUUUAUAUUAAUCAAUUACGAGGCAGUUUUAACAAAGGUAUAAAUGUAACAUUAGUAUAUGAUAACAAGAAAUUUUUCCAGAAAAAUCAAAAGGAAUUAGAUUUGACUAAACUAUACAAAUUAUUACUACAAUUCAACAACACAAAUGGCGUAAAUCAGGAAAUCUUUCAAUUUUUUGGACCUUUUACCAACAAAAAACAAAAUGAGGACAAAGCGCAAAGACCGGUAAAUCUAAGCGCUGAUCACUUAGCUGAAUUAAAAAAUAUUUUCUUACAGAUUAAAAACAAAAAUAAGGUGAAUUCAAUAUUAGUAGACAUUCCACAAAUUUUAAAUCAGCCUGAAAAGAAACAAGUACAACACCAUGACUUACAACCCCAAGUUCUAGAUAGUAAGAACACUAUUGACAUGAAUUUGCAUGAUAUGGAGCAAAUAUAUAACUACUUACAAAACAUGAAUAAUGUUAAAGAUAAUUUUCACAUUGUUAAAAUAUUGCAAUUGAUAAAACAAACACAAAAUCAAAACAAUUUUAAAGAUAAAAACGGGAUAAUUAAAAUUAAACACAAUGACUUAGCGGAACUUUACAACUUCUUAUUACAGUUACAAAAAGAAGAUACAGGAAAUUCAAUAUUUAAAAAAAUACUUCAGUAUAUAAACCAUAAUAAGGACAAUGUACUAAAUACGAAUAAUAAUUCUAGUCAAAGUCAGGAAAACAUUAACCCGAAAGACUUAGAUGUUAUUUAUUCCAAAUUACAAAAAUUAAAAGAAAAUAAUGAAUCAAGUACCGAACUACUGCAGUAUAUGGUAUAUGGUAAAAAUGUUCAAAAAUAUGAACCUAAACUGAACGUACUUUCUUAUGCCACUAGUGAUGCUUUGGACAGAAUUAAAAAAUUCUUACUGACUUUAAUGAAAGAACAAGGUGAAAUCCCUUAUGUCUUUCAAAUAUUGCUGGAUAUUAAUAGGGUUCAAGGUAUACCCGAAAUUAAAAAUAAUAAACACUUAUUUUUAGUUGAUGAUACAGUUGCUGAAGUUAAUGAAGAUGAUUUACAGAUUUUAUCAAAGUAUUUGACAAAAAUAAUAAGUGAAGCUGGUGAAAGCGCUGACGUGCUGAAAAUUCUAGAAUAUGUUUAUGAAGCCCACGAAAAAAUUAAAGCAGAGAAGGAAACUCAAAACAAACAGAAUCCAAUUGAUUCGUACAUUUUACAGAUUAUUAAUAAUAGGUAUAUAAGUCCAGAGCUUGUGAAUAUUUUAAGGUAUAUAAACAGUGAUAAUUGGAACAAUCUUUUGAAAAAAAUAGAGAACCUCAAAGAGGAUGACUUAAACGUAUUAAGCAUGUAUUUACAACAAAUAAUUACCCACUUUGGAGCUAGCUCACGUAUAAAGGUAAUAUUAGCUUACAUAAAUAAAAUAAAUAAAAACGCUAAACAUAGAAAUGAUAACUUAAUCAUUUAUUUUAACAAUACUCAUUUGAAAGAUAAUGAUAAACAAAACCAAACAACUUUCAAAAUAACCAGAGAAAAUCUAAUCAUGAUAAAUAAAGAUUUAUUUGAUUUAUUAAAACGGUAUGGCAUAAAUAGUAACGCUUUGCGAAUAUUAUACGAAAUAAACCACAUUACGGAAGGACCAAACAAGGAAAUGAAUACUUUGAAAUUGAUAACUAACACUGAUAUCAAUGACACAGAUAUGAAAUUUGAAGACUUUAAAGCCAUUAAUAGUUAUAUAUUACAACUGAUAAAUAAACGUGGUGUAAACUCUUAUUUACUAAAAAUCUUGGGGGAUAUUAAUCAAAUUUACGGAGAUCCAACAAAUUACAUUAACACAUCAAUCUUAAAAGUUAACAAUACUCACAUAGUGGCAAUUGUAGACUCGAACGAUAUAAACAGAAUAAAAUCAAAUUUGAUUGACCUAUCAAAUUAUUAUGGUUUAAAGCCGUAUAUAAGGAAAAUAUUGAAUAAUAUAAAUUCAGAUUACAACAAUCCCAACGUUUAUUCAUUUAUUAGGCUGGAUCAGAAUAAUGUAAAACAAUUAACACAAUUUCUCUUGCAACUCAUGGAAAAACAUGGUGCUUUUUCUAAAUUCGUAGAAAUCCUCAAGUUUAUUUAUCAAAUCUACGGUGAUAUUGAUAAAGAAACGAAAUCAGACGAUGCGAAAGAGCAACAUAUGUUAGAAAUUACUAAAGAAAUUAAUAUGUUACUUGAGCAUGGCGUAAUGCAGUUUAUAAAAAAUAUAGAAAUAGAUAAUUUGAACACUCUGUAUAACUCCAUUUUGCAAAAUAUUUUUAUUUCACCUAAUACAUUGGGGAACAAUGAUUUACCAUCGAUAUUAGCAAGAUUGAUUGUCAGUUACAAACAAGAAGUGUCUCCAGUAAAUAAAUAUAUUUUACUUAAACUGUACGAAUAUAUAUUAAAAAAUGAUGGAGUCCCCUUUGAAACUUUCUGGAAGCCCAGUUUUAUUAAUGUUCUAUUAGAUUUAAAUGUCAUGGAGCAAAACAAAGAUAGACCUUAUACAAUUCAUGAAGACGUCAAUGGCGUUUUCAAUAUAUUGUCGUCAGAUCGCGAAUUGCAACGUAUGAUACAUGGCUACCUUAACGAAAAUACUGAUGCAAAGGUACAACCAGGAACUAAAGUUGAACAGUUCGUACCUAAAAUCUGUCCAGCCAGUGAAAUAUUGAUACAAAUUCAAGAAAUACUAACAAAAUUUCUAAAUGAAGACCGGGAAACAUUUAAAGAAUCUUCAAAUUUAAACGAGGUUAAUAUUCAAAAGGACGACGCUCUGAUUACUAAUGGCCAGCCUGCGGAAAACUAUGAUAAGCAUGAAAACUUAGUAAUCCCCAUACUUGAAAAAAAAGCAUUACGAGACUUAUUAAAAAACGGGAAACUGAAAACAAAACUAACAGUACAAUACGAGCUCCCGGGUAUAGAAGACAUUAAUUGCAAGCAGGCACUCUCAAAAAUACUGAAAAUUCUUAAAACAGCUAAUUUAUAUGGUAACAACAACAUAUUACCCUCUACCAUAAAUCACGGAAAUAAUAAUGCACCAAAUACACUAUUUACUCUGUUAAACAGUCAAAAAUCACUAAAAUCGCCUCAAGAUAUAGAUAUUUUAAAAAAUCAAAUAUCAAAGGAAUUGAAGGAUAAGAUUUUGUCGGUACCUAGAGAUUACGGGGAAACUGAAAAGUUAAAUGAUGUUAAUGGAGGUGAAAACCCUAAACUGGAUCAGAUAUUUCAAAAUGAAAAAUUAAUUAAUUCUAAUAGUCGUCCAGAUAAUGAUUUGUCAUUUAGAUUUAGUGAGUGGUAUAAAACCGUCACAAGCGACGGCGAAAUUGUUCCAUCGCUUCCACCUAGAAACAAAGUAUUUAAUAAUACAGAAGGCAAUGCUUUAAAUGAUCAAGAAACUGUGGAUAUGAAUCAAAUCUUAAAUAAACUUCCUAUGGAUGAUAAUGCCAAGUUACAAAACCAGCAUAACAUUCCAAGUAAUGCAGAAAAUCUUUUUAAUAUUUAUUUAAAUGAUAAUGCUAAAAACAGCUUAACCGACGUAUUAUCACCGCUUGAAUCUGGCAACAACAAAAAUAAAGAUAAUGCCAAGUUACAAAACCAGCAUAACAUUCCAAGUAAUGCAGAAAAUCUUUUUAAUAUUUAUUUAAGUGGUAACGCUAAAAACAGCUUUACCGAUGUAUUAUCAGCGCUUGAAUCUGGCAACAACAACGGCAAUCUGGCAGCAAAAAAUAAGAUAUUGGCUUAUUUAAUGCUGUCUAAGUUUCAAAAUAACCAACCUCUACAAAAGUUGCUAAUGGCUUCCCAAAAUAUGAAGUAUCCUUAUUUACAAGCGUACAAUAUAAAUCCAAAUCUAAGCCCUCUUAACCAAAUUGCCUAUCAUUAUCCGAACGAAGCCUCUACCAAUAAUGUAUACCAACUACCAUAUAACAUGGGGAAUAAUAAAUAUUAUAAAAACAUUGGAAAUACGGAGCCAACACAUGGAAACGGAAAUUUUGUCAAUCAAAAUUCAAAGCAUGCAAAUAUUGUUUCAAACGGAGAUUCAGUGUAUCAGACGUCAUAUAUUAACGCAAAUCCUUACUCUGUUUCCAAAUUAUUUAGUUAUGGCAAUAAUGUGAAUCAACAAUUGAACGCACCGAACAAUUUACCCAAUUUGCAACGGGUAAUAGGCAUGUCUAAUUUUGUUAAAUUGAAUUCCGCACCUGAUAGCGCCAGUGUUGUUGAGCUAACGUAUGUAUUGAGGCAACCUAAUCUAGUAGCAUACCAGCCGACUUACUUUGUGAAAUACCGUCUGCCUUAUGAAUACUUUAUUCACAACUUUCGGGAUUUGCUACAAAGAAAACCACAUUUAAGAACUGAACCUGAUAAAUUAUAUCAGGAAUUACUAAAUUCAUCUAAUGUCGCAGAAGUUUCUCCAAAUUUAAAAGGCGUAGGAAAACAAGAACUUCUAAGCCUAGUAACUAAUAAUGGCGCAUUAGUAAAAACCGAAGUUGUGGCAGUGGACGAGGCUCUACUCGAUAAACAACUAAGAGCCAUUCAAAAUAUUAAUUCUAAAUUGACGCCGACUGAAAUUGUAAAUAAUUCAUAUACAAUGGAACCAACAAGAAGCUUAGACAAUAAAUAUCAUUAUUUAAAUACAGAAUUUAUACAUGUGGGAAGCUUAAAUGAAAACAAAACCGAUAAAACAGAAAACAUGGUUUUCUUACCACCGCACCCUUUAAAAGCGUAA